AAAGGCUAACGGUUAUAAGCCCGAUUGCUCUUUUAUUUUGCAACAGUUUCAGGUUAUUUUAUCCAACAGGGAAGGCUUUCUUGAUCUCGGCGACAUUCACUACAGCUAGUUGAUCGCAAAACCGUCUAUAUCAGUGGAGAUCAGUUGCAAGGUAUCGAUCAUCGUUUUAACUCUUUGUUUCUAUUGUUCAUUUAGUGUUUAUGGUGAAAGGAUGUUCGCAUUCAGAAGAUCGAAUUUCGUCGCUUUGAAAGCAGUGAGAAUGAACUCAACAUCCGUUUUAAUAAUUUCUUAACGACUCACCAGUCUUCUUUAUUUUAUUUUGCGGCUUAGUAAUUUUUAACACCUAUCGGGUGUGCAUUUUCUCGCGCUAAAACGAAGAACUUUUCAAUCUUGAAUCAUACAGUAUUAACUAAAGUAAACACUUUCAGCGAAACAUCUUGAGCGUGAAACUGCAGACUAGCAAUCAAGAUCUGUUCUAAAUCAUGUAUUGUUAUGAUUCAAAAGAUAGGGUAAAUGGGGAGUGAAAGAGAACCACGAGGGCGAUGGCAACAAGAACGUAGCGAAGCAAAUGAUCUAAUGAGCAAAACAAAAGCAAAACACGUGCGUUUUAAAACUUUGUACAUUUCUUAGCCGUCCCAUACAGAACAAAAACGUGAAAUCCCCAACUUUUACGCUCUCUUAGCUAGAAACCUCGAUAGCAAUUAAUUCAAGUUUUACAUUGAAUUCAACACUACAUUCACAUGUUAUGCAGAAGUGAAGAUGUCGUGCCGUCACAAACGGUUAACGCAUCGAGCUAUUGGCGAAAAUCUUACAGAGAAAUAAGUUACGUUUUUCCACAGGUCGCUGUAGUAACAACUUAAACUCUCUAAUCUUGUAAAUACCGCAGACUGAGAGUGUAUUUGUUCCUCAGCCAGCCUCCUACAGAGCGUAUUUUCAAUGAAGACGUUCGCUUUUGAAUUCAAUUUUAAUGGCGACUAAUAAGGGCAAUUAAUCGCACUAUCGGCACGCAUUGUGAUUCUGGAAGAUAAGAGACUUCCCUCAAGUUGGCUGUCUGAUGCAAGUUUAGACCCAAUACUUUGUUUACUUGAAAACGAGCUCCAUUUCCGAGUAAUUAUAGUCCUAGGCCCAGUUGUAUAAAAGCAGAUAACACUAUCCGACGGAUAAAUCGCCAUCCGGCAGAUACAUCGCUAUCCGGCGGAUAAAUCGCUAUCCGACGGAUAAAUCGCUAUCCGGUGGAUAAGGGAUAGCAAAACGUAUAGCGUUACCCACCGGAUAGAGUUUCAUCCGGUGGAUAGUGUUAUUCAACCUUCGAACAACCAGGGUCUUCUCUUUCUCAUAAACAGACCGAGUCGCUGUGUCUGUAGCUCGAGGCGGUGGACAGAUACUGCCACGCGAGAAUAAAUUUACCGCUUCUCGUCCCAUGUUAUUAAAAUUACGCCAAAGAGGUAUUCUAAAGCCAGCAAAACAAAACCUCGGUGGGCGUCAGUCAAACUAAGGUGUUAAUAUAAAAGAGUGGAUUGAUCCAAAGACAUAGCUUACAACUUCUUACCCAAAUCUAUUAGAAAACAUUCGCCUCUUGUUCGCUAUAUUGAAUUUUUCUCUCUGUGUUUGUUAUCAUGGGUUAAUUGCAAUACCAUUUGCUUUCGCUUUGACAGAUGACUUUCCCUCACCGCCUAAAGUUUGUGCUUUUUUUGAUAUGUUACAUGCGACAUGCACAUGCUUGUUUAUCAACAUGCUCAUGCUUUUGUAUGGCGGCAAAUUCAUCGAUGAUAACACAGGCAAACGCAUCCAUGGCUGCAGUAAAUAUAACAGCGUCUGAAGAUGGGACGAACACCACAGGUACCCCAAUGUCGGCGACAACAGGAGCGUCCGCUAUAGCCACAGUAGUACCAACCUCAACAACUCACGUUACAACCAAGUCAUCAAGUGCUGAUGGGAAUAUUACAACUGCCCCUGUCACAACAUCAUCUUCCAUGCAACAUGCACAUGCUUGUGCAUCAACAUGCUCAUGCUUUUGUAUGACGGCAAAUUCAUCCAUGAUAACACGGGCAAACCCAUCCACUACAGCUGUUCCUACAAUGUCUUCAAUGGUUGCAGAUAAUAAGACGGCGUCUAAAGAUGAGACGUACACCACAGGUACCCCAAUGUCGGCGACAACAAACGCGUUCGCUACAGCCACAGUACUACCAACCUCAACAACUCGCGUUACAACCAAGUCAUCAAGUGCUGAUGGGAAGAUUACAAGUGCCCCUGUCACAGUAUCAUCUUCCAUGUCCACCAUACGUAAUAGUAAGAGACAUUUUUGUAUUCUUAAAAACUAGGGACAACAGAAUGAAAGUUUAACAGUAUGGGGAAAGGUUUGAAUUUGGGUUUCUAGGGACAUGUCCCUCAAGAAACUUUGUUUAAUUUUCAAUUUUUGGUUUCUUUCUUUUUUCUCGUUUUCUAUUUUAUAUAAUUUCAUUUUCUAUUCCGUGUGAAAUUUUCGGGAUCAGUUCCUUUUUUUUUUUUUAUAUAAAACCCGUGAUCGGGCGUUGUACUGAAUUAUUAUUUCAUAGCUGUUCAUACAUUAAUUAAAGAAUAAACUGCAGAAGAAGGCCUAGUAUGGAGAAUAGACGACCCCAGUCUCUCACGAGAUUUUUGCUGACAGCAAUGACAGGUUACUAAGGAUAAAACAACAUGAAUUUUUAAAUCGUAUUUGUCGACGCGGACGAAUUAAAAAUUUUAGGAAUAAAACGACAAAAGAAGUCAAACCAAAGAGGUAAAUCUGAAACAAAAAGAAAAAAGAAGAGGAUUAAUAGCAAUGGAGAAGAUUAACACAAAUUACAUAAUUGAAACGUUAAAUUGCCUGAUAAGACGUAUGGCUUUGUUGAAGUGAAACAGAAUUUCACUUACCUUGAAAAAGAACACUGGAAACGUGUAAAUCUAUGUGAUAACGUUUCCCAGCGUCCGUCUCAGGUUGUUGUUGUUCAACUUUAAAAAAAUUGUUACAAAUCAUUCAUUUUACAACUAGUGGGUAUUACAGUGUAAUAAAACCGACAGGAAAAAUACCCUACACAAAUGGAGUGCUUUUGGAUUGAGCGUUUUAAACCCAAAACUAAAGUUAUCAGAGAGGGCCAAUCAGAAGAAAGGAGAAAUACCUUUCAGAGCCAAUAAGAUUCAAAAUAAAAACAAGUUAACUGACUAAAGCGCGAGCCAAAGUCGUGAUUGGCUUUAGUUUUCGAUCGAUGUGAUUAGUUGAGAGAGAAGCCCCGAGUGUUUUGGACCAAUCAUAAAACGAAGUAAAGCAACCCAUCGCCAUCUCGGAUUACUUUCGCCAUUGAAUUGAUAAUUGCUCAAUCUUAUUAAACAAACUAAUUGAUUCAAUUUUACUAUUUUGUAGAUGCUGCCACAACAUCUGCAAAGGCUGUAGUUGACAAUACAGCGUCUAAAGAUGGGACGUCCACCACAGGAACUCCAAUGACGGCGACAAAAAAAGUGUCCCCUACAGCCACAGUAGAACCAACCUCAACAACCCACGAUACAACCAAUUCAUCAAGUACCGAUGUGAAGAUUACAAGUCCCUCUGCCACAACAUCAUCUUCCAUGUCCACCAUUCGUAAUGGUAAGAGACAUUUUGUAGUCUUAAAGAAUUUGGGUUUCUAGGGACAUGUUCCUCAAGAAACUUUGUUUUAAUUUUAAGUUUUUCUCUCUCUUGCUUUCAUUCUUUUUUCCACGUUUUCCAUUCUAUGUAAUUUAAUUUUUUAUUUUCUGUGUGAAAUUGUCGGCAUAAUUACCUCUUUUUUUUAUAAAACCGUAAUCGCGCGUUAUACUUAAUCAUUAUUUCAUAGCUGUUCAUGCAUUAAUCUAAGAAUUACUUGUACGAACAGGCCCAUUUUGGAGAAUGAACGGCCCCAGUCUCUCACGGGAUUUGUGCCGACAGUAAUGACAGGUUGCCAAGAGUAAAAUAUUAUGAAUUUUUAAAUCAACUAAGAACAACAGAAUGAAAAUUUAACAGUAUGGGAAAAGGUUGGAAUCUGGGUUUCUAGGGACAUGUCCCUCAAGAAACUUUGUUUUAAUUUUCAAUUUUUCUCUCUCUUGCUUUCUUUCUUUUUUCUCGUUUUCUAUUUUAUAUAAUUUCUCUUUUUAUUUUAUUUUAGACGAUACAGCGUCUAAAGAUGGGACGUCUACCACAGGAACUCCAAUGACAGCGACAAAAAAAGCGUCCGCUACAGCCACAGUAGAACCAACCUUAACAACCCACGAUACAACCAAGUCAUCCAGUGCUUCUGUGAAGACUACAAGUCCCUCUGUCACAACAUCACCUUCCAUGUCCACCAUUUCUAAUGGUAAGAGAUAUUUUGUAUUCUUUUAACUAAGGACACCAAACUGAAAAUUUAACAGUAUGGGGAAAAGUUAAAAUUUGGGUUUCUAAGGGCAUGGAAAAGAAAAAGAAAAAGGAAAAGAAGAGGAUUGAUAGCAAUGGAGAAGAUUAACACGAAUUAAAUAAUUGAAACGUCAAAUUGCCCGAUAAGACGUAUGGCUUUGCUAAAGUGAAACAGAAUUUCACGUACCAUGAGAAAAAAAACUGGAAAUGUGUAAAUCUAUAUGAUAACGUUUCCCAGCGUCCGUCUCGGGUUCUUGUUCAACUAUAAAAAAUUAUUACAAAUCAUUCAUUUUACAACUAGGAGGUAUUACAGUAUAAUAAAACCGACUGGAAAAAUACCUUACACAAAUAGAGUGCUUUUGGAUUGAGUGUUUUGAACCCAAAACCAAAGUUAUCACAGAGGGUCAAUCAGAUGAAAGAAGAAAUACCUUUCAGAGCUGAUGAGAUUCAAAGUAAAAACAAGCAAACUGCCCCAAGCGCGGGCCAGCGCGUGCGACAAAGUCGUGAUUGGCUUUAGUAUUCGAUCGAUGUGAUUGGUUGAGAGGGUAGCCGCGAGUGUUUUGGACCAAUCAUAGAACGAAGUAAAGCAACCCAUCGCCGAUCUCGGAUUACUUUCGCCAUUGAGUUAGAAAUUGCUCUAUCUUAUGAAACAAACUAAUUCAUUCAAUUUUACUAUUUUGUAGAUGUUGCCACAACAUCUGCAAAGGCUGUAGUUAACAAUACAGCGUCUAAAGAUGGGACUUCCACCACAGGAAGUCCAAUGACGGCGACAAAAAAUGCGUCCGCUACGGCCACAGUAGAACCAACCUCAACAACCCACGAUACAACCAAGUCAUCAAGUGCUCAUGUGAAGAUUACAAGUCCCUCUGUCACAACAUCAUCUUCCAUGUCCACCAUUCGUAAUGGUAAGAGACAUUUUGUAGUCUUAAAGAAUUUGGGUUUCUGGGGAAAUGUUCCUCAAGAAACUUUGUUUUAAUUUUCAGUUUUCCUCUCUCUUGCUUUCUCUCUUUUUUCCACGUUUUCUAUUCUAUGUAAUUUAAUUUUUUAUUUUCUGUGUGAAAUUGUCGGCAUAAUUACCUCUUUUUUUUAUAAAACCGUAAUCGCGCGUUUAAAUGAAUCAUUAUUUCAUAACUGAUUAUACAUUAAUUAAAGAAUGAAUUACAUUAGGAGGCCCAGUUUGGAGAAUAGACGGCCCCAGUCUCUAACGGGAUUUGUGCUGACAGCAAUGACAGGUUACCAAGGGUAAAAUAUAAUGAAUUCUUAAAUCGUAUUUGUCGACGCGGACGGAUUAGAAUUUUAGGUAUAAAACGAAAAUAGAAAUAAAAUCAGAGAUGUAAGUCUGAAACAAAAAGGAAAAGAAAGGGAUUAACAGCUAUGGAGAAGAUUAGCACGAACUGCAAACUUGGAACUGUGAAGAAGCUGCUAUGAUUAACUAUACUCUGUAUAUUCACUUGGCAGUUAUAUAUUUUCAGCGUCUUUCAGCAUAGGCACCAAGUACUCGUCACCAGAUUGCGCAUCUUGCAGAAUUGGAGGAACCAUCACAGUGACCAUGUCAUGUAGCAUCAAGAUGCCACCUAACGACGAUAAGGAAUGUGACAAGGACGAGUUCAAUAAAAUCAGUUGUGGUUACGUUACUAUGGUCGAUAAAAUGUACAGCUGUGCUGAGGUGAAAAAGAAUUUCCCCUACUAUGAGAAUAAACACUUGAAACCUGUAAAACAAUGUGAUGACGUCUGUCCAGCUUCCGGCUCAGGUUGGUCUAGUUUAACUCUAACAACAAUUGUUAUAAAUCAUUCAUUUUACAACUGGGAGAUGUUACGGUACAAUUAAACCGACAAGAAAAAAUACCCUUUUAAAAUGGGGUGCUUUUGGAUUGAGUUUUGUAAAACCAAAACCAAAGUUAUUACCAAGGCCAAUCAGAAGAUAGGAGAAAUACCUUUCACAGCUAGUAAGAUUCAAAGUAAAAACAAGCAAACUGCCUGAAGCGCGGGACAACGCGUGCGACGAAGUCGUGAGUGGCUUUAAUUUUGCAUCGAUGUGAUUGGUUGAGAGAGUGGCUGCGAUUUUUCCGGACCAAUCACAGAACGAAGUAAAGCAAACCCAACGCAAUCUCGGAUCAAUAUUCAAUUUUACUAUUUCAGGGGAACAACUCCUAAACAAUACAAUCUGCCCUUAACUAAAACUAAAGUCACAUCAAACCGACUACUAUCGUAAAAUCUCUUCUGAAACUCUCGACUAUAGGCAUACCUCCACUGCAAACCACAAUAGCUUCUGGUAGCUUCUUCAAAAGACCUUCUUUGCCGACAAAAAAACUUCUUUACUCGGUGACCGGCUUAUUUAACAUUUAUAAGGCAUUCUAAAAGGUACCGGUGACUUCAAAAUUCCUUUCUUUGUAGCCGAUAAAAAAAAGUAAUUUUGAAGUUUUCAGGACAUUAUUAUUGUAUUGCUUGAUAGAAUGUUCUAGAAAGUUCGCGAGAGUUACAUCCUGACAUGAGACAGAAACCACAUUGCAGAACGAACAAGCAAAUUUCAACUGAUAUUCUCAUGGGAACGAACUAGUUCAAGAAUUUUGCAUACGCUCUGUAUCUAAAGUUACUCUCCACCACAGAGAUCCUUGAAUUUAAAUCCAAUCUGUUUUGUUCUUUUCUUCAGUGUUGUCCGCUAACCUCGUGUUCAUUUUCUCAUCUGGUCUCGCUGUCGGCCUGUAAGUACUUAUCAUUUAGCUUUUAUUAAAGUCAGCUUAUAUUCUUCAAUCAACGUAACAAUGCCACUAUCCGACAUUAUGAUUCAAUGUGAUCUCGAUCGUAACAAGAACUCUACCACAGGACCUCUUAACUGCUUCAGUUGUUACUUUGUCUCCAACAGACAUUUCUGUUAAAGAUCAACAAACUUUAUUCGUCACAAUUUUAAAACUCUGAGGUGCAUGUAGUUCAUGCACCUCAAAGAAAAUCCAAUUUUCCCUAAAAAUCCGUACGAAAGAAGAGGAGAGAGGACCCUGGGAACGAGAUUGAAACACGCUGUACAUCUUAACGGCUAUGUUAGAUGACGAUCCGUCUCCUCUCCCAUAAUAUAUUAGUCCUUCCCCGCACUGUACCACAGGUAACCCAGCUCGUCGAGUCCCAGAGCUAAGUAGGACUGGAAUAUGGCAUAUAAUUUGAAAUAAGCGCUAAAUUUUUAAUUUUUUUCGCAGAUUAUCGCGGACUCUGUGAUCCACCGACCUUGAAAAAGCUGUAGUUGCCAACACGAUAAACCAACUCCAUUUCAGUUUUUCAGGAGUAAAGCCGUAGAAAAAGUACAUUUGUAUUAAAUAGAGGCUUAGUAGAUACAAGCCAAGUGUUUGUUGUAAGAAAUGCUAGUGCGGAAAGUUAAGUAUUUCAGUAGAGGCAAUAGAAAACACUACUGACAUGAAUAGAAACAGCUUGUUGAUAGAGAUUGUGUAUUCAAAUCAUUUUAUUGAUGUUUAUUUACUUGAAAACGACGAUGUUAAGAUACGUGACUUAUGAUUCGCGUUAUCUUCUUGGCAACUACGACUACAAAGUGAGGACAGAGACAAAGCUGAUGCGGGUUCUCCCGCUGAGACAACAAUCCUUUUCUCCAGCGAGUUUUCAUUCUGAGGAGUCGAUGACUAGAAGCGCUAAAGGAGUAAAAGGUGCUACGAACUUCAUCGCCAUGUUACAGAUGCACUACUGCGGUUGCUAAAUUUGCAGCUGUUACCGCAAUAUUUCUUUUGUUGAGUGAGAUAUGUGACAGAAAGAAACUUUUCUGAAAACGGCAACUUUAUCUGUUUUGGUUUGGGCCUAUCCCCGCGAAAUGAAACUAAACAAUGAGAAUUUUAAAAUUGCCCCUGUUGAACCACGAUGGUGUUGCUAUGGAAAUAUUGACGUUCCCAUUCUUUUACGCAUAUGAAAUUUCUCGUACGUUACAAGCAUGCGCACUCAUCUUGCCGCUCUGUCUUUUUAUGCGUAGUUCAGCUGCCUUUGUUUAUUAAGGUUACUCAGACGUUUUGUAGAACGGUUCUACUUAUCAAAGGAAAAAAAACCCGGGGUGUGUCAAUUUAUCAUUUAAAGAGCUAAUGUGAAGAUGAAGAGUUUUGGGAAUCCCUGCUUUAGCUACCAAGUGCUAUAAGCACUCGCCUUCUCCGAAUUUAAAAAGAGCGUUGGUAGAGAAUACAUUGGCAGAGAACCCAGAAGAAAAUAGAGACAAUGAAAAAUCACAAAAGUGUUCAUAAGCUGCAACUUAAAAAUAAGUUAGAGUACUAUCGCUUCUUCCGCCUUUCUCCCCAUGAAAACAGAAGCCUGGUAUUUUAUCGAUUGAAAUGUUCUGGAGGUGAGGUGACAAGCCGGUCAGGUGGGAUACAACGAAGGUCGCCCCAACCCCCUCUCUUCCACAAAGAAUGCGUUUACCGAGAUCUGAAAUCCUCUCAACACCGGCUGAAACACAAAAAGGUCGGAAAAAAGGCCUCGGAUAUCGUUCGCCCAUGUACUCACUGGAGCAAGUAAUUCCUCUCUGGAAAUUGUUUUGUAAAUAUUCAAGCCCUAGGGCUAGGGUUGGAUUGGUUUGAAAUGUCUGAUUCUCGUUUCCUUAGCAACAAAAAGGCUGAAAGUUAUAAGCCCGAGUUUCAGUUUCCGGUUAUUUUAUCCAACAGGGAAGGCUUUCUUGAUCUCGGCGACAUUUACUAUAUUUAAUUGAGCACAAAACCGUUUACAUCAGUGGAGAUUAUUUGCAAGGUAUGGAUCAUCAUUUUAACUCUUUGUUUCUAUUGUUCAUUUAGUGUUUAUGGUCAAACGAUGUGCGUAUUCAGAAGGUCGAAUUUCGUCGCUUCGAAGGCAGAGAGAAUGAACUGGCCAUCCGUUUUAAUACUUAAUUUCUCAACGACUCACCAGUCUUCUUCAUUUGAUUUUGCGGCCAAGUAAUUUUUACCACCCGUUCGGUGCACAUUUUCUCGCGCUAAAACGAGCACCUUUCCAAUCUUGAAUCAUACAGUCUUAACAAAAGUAAACACUUUCAGCGAAACAUCUUAACUGUGAGGCUAAACAAUUUACUUAAUUUCCUUUGAAGUAAAUUUGAUAAAAGUAAUCAUUGAUUUGAGGUUUACCUAGGCCUAUUUUCAUCUCCUAAUGCUGAUAUCAGUUGCAGACUAGAUAUCAAGAUCUAGUCUAAAUUAUGAUGUUGUUACGAUUCAACAGAUAGAGGAAAUAGGGAGUGAAAGAGAGCAACAACGGCAAUAGAAACAAGAACGUAGCGAAACUUAAGAUCUAAUGAGCAAAACAAAAGCAAAACACGUGGGUUUAAAAACUUUGUACAUUUCUUAGCUGUCCCAUACAGAACAAAAACGUGACAUCACAAACUUUUACACUCUCUUUGUAAGAAACUUCGACAGCAAUUAAGUCAAGGUUUACAUUGAAUUCAACAUUACAUUCACAUGCUAUGCAGAAGCGAAGAUGUCGUACCGUCAGAAACGGUUAACGCAUCGAGCUAUCGGCGAAAAUCUUACAGGGAAAUAAGUUACGUUUUUCCACAGGUCGCUGUAGUAACAACUUAAACUCUCUAAUCUUGUAAAUACCGCAGACUGAGAGUGUAUUUGUUCCUUAGCCAGCCUCCUACAGAGCGCAUUUUCAAUAAAGAUGUUCGCUUUUGAACCCAAUUUUAAUGGCGACUGAUAAGGGCAAUCCAUCGCACUCUUGGCACGCAUUGUGAUUCUGGAAGAUAAAAGACGUUUUCAAGUUGGCUGUCUGAUGCAAGUUCAGACCCAAUACUCUGUUUACUUGAAAACGAGCUUCAUUUCCGGGUAAUUAUAGUCCUAGGCCCAGUUGUAUAAAAGUGGAUAACGCUAUCCAACGGAUAAAUCGCUAUCCGGCGGAUAACUGAUAGCUAGACAUAUAUCGUUAUCCACCGGAUAGAGUUUUAUCCAGUGGAUAGCGUUAUUCAACCUUCCAACAACCAGGGCCUGCUCUUUCUCAUAAACAGACCGAGUCGCUGUGUCUGUAGCUCGAGGCGGUGGACAGAUACCGCCACGCGAGAAUAAAUUUACCGCUUCCCUUCCCACGUUAUUAAAAUUACGCCAAAGAGACAUUCUAAAGCCAGCAAAACAAAACCUUGGUGGGCGUCAGUCAAACUAAGGUAUUCAUGUAAAAGAAAUGGAUUGAUCCAAAGACAUAGCUUACAACUUCUUACCCAAAUCUAUUAGAAAACAUUCGACUCUUGUUCGCUAUAUUGAAUUUUUCUCUUUGUGUUUGUUAUCAUGAGUUAAUUGCAAUACUUUUUGCUUUCGCUUUGACAGAUGACUUCCCCUCACCGCCUAAAGUUUGUAUUACUUUUGAUAUGUUGUAUGCAACAUGCACUUGCUUCAAACUCAACAAGUACCCCAAGUGCCAAUGUGUCUACCAUAAGUAAUGGUAAGAGACAGUUUUGUAUUCUUAAAAACUAAGAACAACAGAAUGAAAAUCUAACAGUAUGGGGAAAGGUUGGAAGUUGGGUUUCUAGGGACAUGUCCCUGAAGAAACUUUGUUUAAUUUUCAAUUUUUCUCUCCCUUGCUUUCUUUCUUUUUUCUCGUUUUCUAUUUUACAUAAUUUCUUUUUUUAUUUCUGUGUGAAAUUGUCGGGAUAAGUACCUUUUCUUUUAUAAAAACCGUGUUCGCGUGUUGUGCUAAAUCAUUAUUUCAUAGCUGUUCAUAACUAAUUUUAAUUCUUUAAAAAGAAUGAACUGCAUGAGGAGGCCCAGUAUGGCGAAUAGACGACCCCAGUCUCUCACCGGAUUUUUGCUGAUAGCAGUGACAGGUUACUAAGGAUAAAAUAUUAUGAAUUUUUAAAUCGUAUUUGUCAACGCGGACGAAUUAAAAAGGCCCAGUUAGGAGAAUAGACGGCCCCAGUCUCUAACGGGAUUUGUGCUGACAACAAUGACAGGUUACCAAGGGUAAAAUAUAAUGAAUUCUGAAAUCGUAUUUGUCGACGCGGACGGAUUAGAAUUUUAGGUAUAAAAAGAAAAUAGAAAUAAAACCAGAGGUAAGUCUGAAACAAAAAGAAAAAAGAAGAGGUUAACAGCUAUGGAGAAGAUUAGCACGAACUGCAAACUUGGAACUGUGAAGAAGCUGCUGUGAUUAAGAAUACUCUGUAUAUUCACUUGGCAGUUAUAUAUUUUCAGCGUCUUUCAGCAUAGGCACCGAGUACUCGUCACCAGAUUGCACAUCUUGCAGUAAUGGAGGAACCAUCACAGUGACCAUGUCAUGUAGCAUCAAGAUGCCACCUAACGACGAUAAGGAAUGUGACAAGGACGAGUUCAAUAAAACCAGCUGUGGUUACGUUACUAUGGUCGAUAAAAUGUACAGCUGUGCUGACGUGAAAAAGAAUUUCCCCUACUAUGAGAAUAAACACUUGAAACCUGUAAAACAAUGUGAUGACGUCUGUCCAGCUUCCGGCUCAGGUUGGUCUAGUUUAACUCUAACAACAAUUGUUAUAAAUCAUUCAAUUUACAACUGGGAGAUGUUACGGUACAAUUAAACCGACAAGAAAAAAUACCCUUUUUAAAUGGGGUGCUUUUGGAUUGAGUUUUGUAAAACCAAAACCAAAGUUAUUACCAAGGCCAAUCAGAAGAUAGGAGAAAUACCUUUCACAGCUGAUAAGAUUCAAAGUAAAAACAAGCAAACUGCUUAAAGCGCGGGACAACGAAUGCGACGAAGUCGUGGUUGGCUUUAGUUUUGGAUCGAUGUCAGUGGUUGAGAUGGUAGACCGUGAGUUUUCAUGACCAAUCACAGAACGAAGUAAAGCAAACCCAACGCAAUCUCGGAUCACUAUCGACAUUGAAUUGAAAAUUGCUCUAUCUUCUGAAACAAAACAAUUUAUUCAAUUUUACUAUUUCAAGGGAACAACUCUUAAACAAAACAGUCUACAAUUAAUUGAACUUGAGUCCACUACUAACGUAACCUUCAGUCGCCACAGAAACAAACUCACAUCAAACCGACUGCUACCGUAAAAUCUCUUCUGAGUCUCUCUUGUAGCAACCACAAGCAAAGUAAUUUUGAAGCUUCCACUACAUCAUUAUUGUAGUGCUUGAUAGAAUGUUCUAGAAAGUUCGCGAGAGUUACAUCAACAUGUGACAGGAACCACACUGCAGGACGAACAAGCAAACAUCCACUGAUAUUCUCUUGAGGACGAAGCAGUUCAAGAAAUUUCAAUACACUCUGUAUCUCAAGUUACUCUCCACCACAGAGAUACUUGAAUUUAAAUUCAAUCUGUUUUGUUCUUUUCUCCAGUGUUGUCCGCUCACCUCGUGUUCAUUUUCUCAUCUGGUAUCGCUGUCAGCCUGUAAGUACUUAUCAUUUACGCAAUAUUUUAUUAAACCCAGCUUAAGUUCUUCAAUCAAACAAUGCCACUAUUCGACAUUAUAAGUCAAUGUGAUCUCGUAACAAAAAUUCUACCACAGGACCUCUUAACUGCUUCAGCUGUUAUUUUGUCUUCAACAGACAUUUCUGAUAAAGAUCAAUAAACUUUACUGGUCACAAUUCCAUACACCUCAGAGAAAAUCCAAGUUUCCCUAAAAAUCCGUUCGAGAGAGGAAGAAAGAGGACCCUGGGAACGAGAUUGAAACACGCCGUAUAUCUUAACGGCCAUGUUAGACGACGUCACGUCUCCUAUCUCAUAAUAGAUUAAUCCUUCCUUGCAAUGUACCACAGGUAGCCCAGCUUGUCGAGUCCCAGAGCUAAGUAGGACUGGAAUAUGGCAUGUAAUUUCAAAUAAGCGCUAAAUUUUUAAUUUUUUUCGCAGAUUAUCGCAGACUCAGUGAUCCACCGACCUUGAAAAAGCUGUAGUUGCCAACACGAUAAAUCAACUCCAUUUCAGUUUUUCAGGAGUAAAGCCGUAGAAAAAGUACACUUGUAUUCAAUAGAGGCUUAGUAGAUACAAGCCAAGUGUUUGUUGUAAGAAGUGCUGAUGCGGAAAGUUAAGUAUUUCAGUAGAGGGAAUAGAAAAUAGUACUGACAUGAAUAGAAACAGCGUGUUGAUAGAGAUUGUGUAAUCAAAUCAUUUUACUGAUGUUUAUUUACUUGAAAACGACGAUGUUAAGAUACGUGACUUAUGAUUCGCGUUAUCUUCUUGACAACUACGACUACAAAGUGAGGACAGAGACAAAGCUGAUGCGGGUUCUCCCGCUGAGACAACAAUCUGUUUUGGUUUGGGCCUAUCCCCGCGAAAUGAAACUAAACAGUGAGAAUUUCAAAAUUGCCCUUGUUGAACCACGAUGGUGUUGCUAUGGAAAUAUUGACGUUCCCAUUCUUUUACGCAUAUGAAAUUUCUCGUACGUUACAAGCAUGCGCACUCAUUUUGCCGCUCUGUCUUUUUAUGCGUAGUUCAGCUGCCUUUGUUCUAUUAAGGUUGCUCAGAAGUUUUGUAGAACGGUUCUACUUAUCAAAGGAAAAAAAACCCGGAGUGUGUCAAUUUAUCAUUUAAAGAGCUAAUGUGAAGAGGAAGAGUUUUGGGAAUCCUUGCUUUAGCUACCAAAAGUACCAAGUGCUAUAAGCACUCGCCUUCUCUGAAUUUAAAAAGAGCGUUGGUAGAGAAUACAUUGGCAGAGAACCCAGAAGAAAAUAGAGACAAUGAAAAAUCACAAAAAUGUUCAUAAGCUGCAACUUAAAAAUAAGUUAGAGUGCUAUCACUUCUUCCGCCUUUCUCACCAUGAAAAAAGAAGCCUGGUAUUUUACCGAUUGAAAUGUUUUGGAGGUGAGGUGGCAAGCCGGUCAGGUGGGAUACAACGAAGGUCGCCCCAACCCCCUCUCUUCCACAAAGAAUGCGUUAACGAAGAUCUGAAAUUCUCUCAACACCAGCUAAAACAGAAAAUUUCGAAAAAAAAGGCCUGGAUAUCGUUCGCCCACGAACUCACUGGAGCAUGUAAUCCCUCUCUGGAAAUCGUUCUGUAAAUAUUCAAGCCCUGGGGCUAGGAUUGGAUUGGUUUAAAAUCUCUGUUUUCCGUUUCCUUAGCGACGAAAAGGCUAACAGUUAUAAGACCGAGUUUCAGUUUCCGGUUAUCUUACCCAACAGGGAAGGCUUUCUUGAUCUCGGCGACAUUCACUAUAGCUAGUUGAUCGCAAAACCGUUUUUAUCAGUGGAGAUCAGAUGCAAGGUAUGGAUCAUCAUUUUAACUCUUUGUUUCUAUUGUUCAUUUAGUGUUUAUUGUGAAAGGAUGUUCGCAUUCAGAAGGUCAAAUUUCGUCGCUUCGAAAGCAGUGAGAAUGAAUCACCGUCCGUUUUAAUAAUUUCUCAACGACUCACCAGUUUUCUUUAUUUGAUUUUGCGGCUUCGUAAUUUUUAAUACCUAUUCGGUGCGCAUUUUCUCGCGCUAAAACGAGGACCUUUCCAAUCUUGAAUCAUACAGUCUUAACAAAAGUAAACACUUUCAAUGAAACAUCUUAAGUAUGAGGCUAAGCAAUUUACUUAAUUUCCUUCAGAAUAAAUUUGUUAAAAGUAAUCAUUGUUAUUAGGUUUACCUAAGCCUAUUUUCAUCCCCGAAUACUGAUAUCAGUUGCAGACUAGAUAUCAAGAUCUAUUCUGAAUCAUAUUGUUACGAUUCAACAGGUAGAGUAAAUAGGGAGUGAAAGAGAGCAACAACGGCGAUGGCAACAAGAAAGUAGCGAAGCAAAUGAUCUAAUGAGCAAAACAAAAGCAAAACACGUGCGUUUUAAAACUUUGUACAUUUCUUAGCCGUCCCAUACGGAACAAAAACGUGACAUCCCCAACUUUUACGCUCUCUUAGCUGGAAACCUCGAUAGCAAUUAAUUCAAGUUUUACAUUGAAUUCAACACUACAUUCACAUGUUAUGCAGAAGUGAAGAUGUCUUACCGUCACAAACGGUUAACGCAUCGAGCUAUAGGCGAAAUCUUACAGGGAAAUAAGUUACGUUUUUCCACAGGUCGCUGUAGUAACAACUUAAACUCUCUAAUCUUGUAAAUACCGCAGACUGAAAGUGUAUUUGUUCCUCAGCCAGCCUCCUAAAGAGCGCAUUUUCAAUAAAGACGUUCGCUUUUGAACUCAAUUUUAAUGGCGACUGAUAGGGGCAAUUCAUCGCACUCUUGGCACGCAUUGUGAUUCUGGAAGAUAAAAGAAGUCUUUCAAGUUGGCUGCCUGAUGCAAGUUUAGACCCAAUACUCUGUUUACUUGAAAACGAGCUCCAUUUCCGAGUAAUUAUAGUCCUGGGCCCAGUUGUAUAAAAGCAGAUAACGCUAUCCGACGGAUGAAUCGCUAUCUGGCGGAUACAUCGCUAUCCGGCGGAUAAGUGAUAGCAAAACGUAUAGCGUUAUCCACUGGAUAGAGUUUUAUAUGGUGGAUAGCAUUAUUCAACCUUCGAACAACCAGGGCCUGCUCUUUCUCACAAACAGACUGAGUCGCUGUGUCUGUAGCUCGAGGCGGUGGACAGAUACUGCCACGCGAGAAUAAAUUUACCGCUUCCCUUCCCAUGGUAUUAAAAUUACGCCAAAGAGGUAUUCUAAAGCCAGCAAAACAAAACCUUAGUGGGCGUCAGUCAAACUAAGGUGUUAAUGUAAAAGAGUGGAUUGAUCCAAAGACAUAGCUUACAACUUCUUACCCAAAUCUAUUAGAAAACAUGCGCCUCUUGUUCGCUAUAUUAAAUUUUUCUCUCUGUGUUUGUUAUCAUGAGUUAACUGCAAUACCGUUUGCUUUCGCUUUGACAGAUGACUCUCCCUCAACACCUAAAGUUUGUGUUUUUUUUGAUAUGUUGCAUGCAACAUGCACAUGCUUGUGUAUCAACAUGCUCAUGCUUUUGUAUGGCGGCCAAUUCAUCCAUGAUAACACAGGCAAACCCAUCCACGACAGCUUUUCCUACAAUGUCUACAAUGGCUGCAGUUCACGUUACAACCAAGUCAUCAAGUGCUGAUGGGAAUAUUACAAGUGCCUUUGUCACAAUAUCACCUUCCAUGUCCACCAUACCUAAUUGUAAGAGACAUUUUUGUAUUCUAAAAAACUAGGGACAACAGAAUGAAAGUUUAACAGUCUGGGGAAAUGUUGGAAUUUGGGUUUCUAGGGGUUUGUCCCUCAAGAAACUUUGUUUAAUUUUCAAUGUUUGCUUUCUUUCUUUUUUCUUUCUUUCUUUUCUAUUUUAUAUAAUUUCAUUUUUUAUUUCUGUGUGAAAUUGUUGGGAUGAGUACCUUUUUUAUAAAAACCGUGAUUGGGCAUUGUACUGAAUUAUUAUUUCAUAGCUGUUCAUACAUUAAUUAGAGAAUAAACUGCAGGAGGAGGCCUAGUAUGGAGAAUAAACGACCCCAGUCUCUCACGAGAUUUUUGCUGACAGCAAUGACAGGUUACUAAGGAUAAAACAUUAUGAAUUUUUCAAUCGUAUUUGUCGACGCGGACGAAUUAAAAAUUUUAGGAAUGAAAAAACAAUAGAAAUCAAACCGAAGAGGUAAAUCUGAAACAAAAAGAAAAAAAGAAGAGGAUGAAUAGCAAUGGAGAAGAUUAACACAAAUUACAUAAUCAAAACGUUAAAUUUCCUGAUAAGACGUUUGGUGUUGUUGAAGUGAAACAGAAUUUCACGUACCAUGAAAAAGAACACUGGAAACGUGUAAAUCUAUGUGAUGACGUUUCCCGGCUUCCGUCUCAGGUUGUUCUUGUUCAACUAUAAAAAAAAAUUGUUACAAACAUUCGUUUUACAACUAGGAGGUAUUACGGUGUAAUAAAACCGACAGGAAAAAAUACCCUACACAAAUGGAGUGGUUUUCCAAUUUGUCUUCUUCUUUAGUGUUGUCCGCUCACCUCGAGUUCAUUUUCUCAUCUGGCCUCGCUGUCGGCAU